GCUUUCAUUCUGUGCAUUCUGGAUUCUCUUGUUAUUGGCGUCGUCCCGCGAUUCCCGCGGCCGCGUCCUCUACACGCGCUCUCGAUUUCACUCGAUUUUUAAAAAGGUUCCUUCAAUCUGCAAUCAUGUUACGAAACUCAUUAAUUACUAUGUUAAAAUAUUUUUGAUUUUCUAUUUUAAGUUGUGCAAAUGAUUGCCCAUAAAAUCAAGAAAAAUAGUUCCUACAACUAAAAGAAGAAACAUGUUCCCAUUUGUUGUGUUUUUUGUUGUGGUGGGAAUCGGAAUUAUUGAAAGUUCGGCUGCUAAUUCUAAUUAUCAUACCGAUGAUUUAGGAACGAUUAUUUUUGCCAAUAUCCUCUUUAGGCAUGGAGAUAGAACACCUAUCGAUCCUUGUCCAAACGAUCCAUAUCGGAAUGAAUCCUUAUGGCCUGUACCUUUUGGUCAGUUAACAAAUUUAGGAAGACAUCAACACUUGCUCCUCGGCCGUUGGUUGAGAAAUCGUUAUAGUAAAAUUUUGCCCGAGACAUACACAUACUAUGAUAUUUAUGUCCGAAGUACGGAUGUCGAUCGAACUCUAAUGUCAGCCGAAUCGAAUCUAGCAGGUUUAUAUCCUCCAAAAGGAAGUCAAAUUUGGGACAGUAUUAAAUGGAUGCCAAUACCAGUACACACGAUAACACAAACACAAGAUAAUUUACUAGCAAUGAAAAAGUAUUGUCCAAGAUACGAGUAUGAGUUGGAAAAUUUGAAAAAUUCGCCAGAAAUGAAACGUAUUGAUCAAGAUAAUGCGAAACUCUAUUCGUACCUUACACAGCAUUCCGGCAAGAAAAUUAAUUCACUAGAAGAGAUAGAGUUUCUUUAUAACUCGCUUUAUAUCGAGGAACUUUAUAACAAACCUUUACCGGAGUGGACAAAGUAUGUGUAUCCUGAGAAGAUGAAGCCUCUUGCUGAAAAAAGUUUUGCGAUUCCAUGCUACAACAAAAUUCUUCGGCGAUUAAAGGCGGGACUUUUAGUCGGUGAAAUGGUUCAACAUUUGGUGGAAAAGUCCAGAAAUUCUCUGAAGCCAGAUCGAAAAUUAUGGAUAUACAGUGCUCAUGACGAAACGGUUGCAAAUUUCUUGAUGGCUCUUGGAUUAUUUGAUCUUCACUGUCCACCAUACGCUGCUACUGUUUUGAUGGAGUUGAGGCUCAAUUCUCAAAAAGAGCACAUAGUUACGAUUUCUUACAAGAACUCAAGUGACGAGCCAACAUUAUUAACUCUGCCAGGUUGUAUCCUAGCAUGUCCAUUGAGCCAGUUCGUGAGACUUACGAAAAGUCUCAUACCAGAAAAUUGGGAGCAAGAAUGUAGACUUAGAUUUGAGUCAAAUGAGUACAUGAAUAGUACAGGAAUUAUAGAAAUUUUAACGGCAUCCGUAUUGAUGUUGAUAUUGAUACUAAUGCUGAUUAUUGGAUUGGUGUACUGGCAUCAUAAACGGGAACACGCCCAGUAUUAUUUACGACUCACGACUGAGCCAAUGUAAUUGGAACUACGCUACCUCAAGGUUUAUACAACGAGCAUGAAAUUGUAUUAUUUUUAUCUCUUCUGAAUUUUUUAACGUUUAAAGUUUCCGAAAGUCUGAUCUUCCAGAAGUUAACUUAGGAAUCGACCAAAUUCUCGCCUCAUAUUCGUUUGGGUACAUAUAAUAUAUUAUAAUUAUAAUGUUGAUUCAAUGAUAAAAUCCAAUAAGUCAGAAGGAGAGAAGUUUUUGGUAUCGCCAAUUUGCAUAAUAUCAAAAGAUUUUUGCUCUUGAUGUGUUUUCCUUAAAUUUGACCAUGAAAGACUGUGCAGUAAUGAUUGGAUGAAGUGAAGCCUGAAGAAAAUUAAUUAAGUUCACUUGAUGUGAACUAUACUAUUUAUUGUGGCGUCUACAGUCGAGUCUUGAAUACGUACAAGCUGUACUUUAUUCAGUAGAUGAAGCAGCUCAUUCUUUUAACUCACCUUUCCUGGAGCCUAUUUUGCGAAAUGAGCCCAUAUGAAUUUUAAUGAGUAUAGUCAGGCGAUUUGUACAUUUUUUAACUAAACUAGUUUUUUUAACGUAUGCUCCUUUGCAAUGUUUACGUCGAUAAGUUACUUAAGGAAGGCAAUUUUGUGAUAAAGUAUUAAUUAUAAAAACGAUUGAAAGUUUGUGAAAUAUAGAGAAUGUUUGAAGAGAA